CUCUGUGCGCACCGUGCGUGCGCGCUGCGCGCUGAUAAUGCGGCGCCUACGUGCGUUUAUUAUCGUAGGAACGAGAAUCCCAUCCAUAACAGCGUGAGCAUGCAAGUGAGCAUGCAAGUCUGGUUCCUGCUCCUGGCAGCGCUGCCGACUGGCGUAUCGUCCGGUGUCUGCUCCCGCGCACCAAAACGUGGCGUGGCCGUGCACACGGCACAAACGUGUGACGUGCUCGACGCGCACAAGAGGUCAUCGUGGUGGUACAGCUGGGGCCUCGGGACCGGCUUCGACGGCAGCUUCUGCGCCACGCCAGACGAUGCGGCGGCCCGGGCCCGCGCGAGCAUGGACUUCGUGCCCAUGUUUUGGGGCGAGGGUCACAUCAACGACUUCGUUGCGGCGCCCGAGGCGUGGCACCACGAGCUCGACCAGGCGUCGUACCUUCUGACGUGCAUGAUCCGUGCCCCUUGACUUUCCAAAGAGCCCGACGCACUUUCGAAAGAGCCUGACGCCAUCGACGCAGGUUCAACGAGCCCGAAUUCUCGGCGCAAGCCAACAUCUCCCCGCGCCGCGCCGCGCAGCUGUGGCCGACCCUCGUCGAAAUCGCCCAGAACUACAGUCUGGAGCUCGUGGCGCCGUGCGUUAGUGCUGGCGUCCACGGCGAGCGGUGGUGGGCGCCGUGGCAAAGUAAUUGCACGGCGCUGCACGGGAGCUGUGAGUUUGACUACGGCUGCACGCACAACUACUUCCAGCCCGCGCCCUGCCGCGACGACGUGUCCUGGUGGGCCUGCGUGGGCAACGGCGACGACGGGACGGAGCACCUGGAGCAGGAGCUUCAGACGUGGUACGAGAACACGGGAGGAAAACCCAUCUGGGUCACGGAGUUCGCCUGUAAUCCCUGGGCUGAGCGGUCUUGUAAUGCGAGUUUGCACUCGCGACUCAUGGAUCAGGUGGUGCCCGUACUCGAGGCGUCGCCGCUCGUGAAUCGGUACGCGUGGUUCGCCGCGUACGAGGCCGCGUCCAUGCCGGGCAACGCGCUAAACCGCGAGACCUGGAGUCAGUUGACGUCGUUCAGCUGCCCGAACAACUCGUGGACCGCGGGCUACGGCGACGCCUCGUGGCAGAUCCAGACGAACGCCGAGUGCGUGGCAGCAGCGGAAGCGGACGCUUCGUGCGCGACGCCCCUCGUCCUCAACAUCGGCUGGGACGCGUGCUACUGCGCGACGGACGCCUGCGACGCGCCCGUCGCUACGAGCUACAUGACGACGUACCGCUACGCCGGGGACGGUCAAGGCCUCGCGCCGCUCGGCGAGCGCUACGAGAACUUUUCGUGGGAGAGUCCGUGUCAGCCGUCACGAGCGCCGACGCUGUCGCCGACUCUGUCGCCGACUCUGUCGCCGACUCUGUCGCCCACUGUCGGGGCGCUCUCGUCGUCGUCGUCGUCGUCGUCCGACAAGCCGGGGACAGUGACAAUUGUCUUGAUGGUGAUCCUCGCUGUUGGCAUCUGUGCAUGUGUUGGAGUGACGUUAUUCUAUUGUGGACGGACGUGCCGCGGAUUAUGGGAUUUGAGAGGUCA